UUAAACGUAUUCAGCUGUGUACGAUACAGCAGGUGUGUUACAAUGCAUGAGAAAGAGCUUUUGGGUUUGUUUUUGCUUACCAGCUAAACAAAAGACCUGAAUCUAGUCACAGCAUGUUGUAUGAAAAAAACGUAGUGCACACGCAUUUUUUAAGCACAACCAAUAUCCACUCUAUAAUCCCCAUUUUCCUGACUCAGGCUUUCUAAUUAUAUCUUACAAUAGAAACAAUUCUAUAACUAAUUCCUAAUUUCUGGAGAUUGAUUAGACUUAAUUCUGAUCAAUUGCUAUAAAGCGAGAUCUUGGUGGUCUCAGAGCAUAACUAAUCUAAUAAAUUUUGUCAUUAAUUUUCCUUUUGGCUCACAUUUCAUAUUCAUGACAUUUGGCAGACACCCGUAUCCAGAGUGACUAAAAAAUGAGCAGUUGGGGGUUUAGGGCCUUGCGCAGGGGUUUGGUGGUGCUGGGAUCUGAACUCAUGGCUUUCUGUUUCAAAGUUCAAUGCCUUAACCACUGAGAUACUACCCCUUACCUUCUCCUCAAGUGAGUUCACCGGGUGCAAUACUAACUCUGUGGAGUUAAAUAGAGCAGUGAGCAUCCUGCACUACUAUCGCACAACAUCUAGAAAGGCGAACCAGUCAACGAAUCACUAUCGGUCAGUCUAAAGAGGUGAUUAAUAUUUUAGUUGAAUUAAAAAUGUAUGGAGUUGGAUAAAGACUUUAUGAAGAUUAAUGAUGAUAUAUACAGUUCAGUGAGACCCAGAGCAUGCUGAACCUGCCCCUCUGAACGAGGCAUGACUGAGCUGACUUACACAUUAAUGCCCUUUUAGAGGAAGUAAUAAGCAGAAGAUGAAGAUGAAGAUUAGAUUCUGCAGGGAUUCUUUUUAGUGUUUAUGAAGAUAUUUUCGGAGCCCCGGCGGGGGUUCAAGUGUCUCUGUCCGUGGUGCUGAAAUGGAAAGUAGUGUGUUUGCUUGCUGCUGUUGUGAUGCCGAGACAAGUUUCCAAAAUUCAUCAAACCAGCCAAAAGAUGGAGAAAAAAAAUCAGUGCAAUAACAUAAAUCAUAAAAAAAAACCAUAAAACAUGAAAAUGUGCAAGCAGAAGCAAGUCGACCCCUGAGAAUCUAAACCAGCGUUAUAGCGCUCAUCAUGAAUAUGAAGUGAACUGGAUUUACACAACACUAUAACACAAAAAAGACGAAUAUCAAAGCCAGAAAGAGAUCAGAGAUCCAGGCUCGUGCGUGUCAGAUUGCAUCCGGUCCGCGCGCCUACUCCUUUAAGAUGAUGUAAUUCCUCAUAAACCAUUAUGGUUUUUUUUCCUUCUUCCUAAACCGCUGAGGAAAUAUCAGCUGGGGCUUUUUUUUCUCCUCUUUCCUUUUUUCUUUUCUGUUUUUUUUAGACUGGCACCACCCUGAGCGGGAAGAGGGAGCUCGAUGCGCUCUCUCGUGCUUCUCCACGACGGUGGGCGCCGGCACGUACGUACGUCGGAGGAGAGAGAGAGAGAGAGAGAGAGAGAGAGAGAGAGAGAGAGAUGCUAAUCCACAUGAGGAGCAUCAUGUCGAACAGAGCAGGAGUGAUGCUGGCUCCGGCUCUCCUCAGGACACACAAACCUGAGCCAGGAUGCUGUUCGGAAAACCAGACACCGGAGCGAGAUUCUUUCCUAAUUCUGCACUCAGACGUCUGUGAAGCUCUCCUGAAGCCCACUCGAAGCUCUGUUGAAAUCCUCUUUCAUGAUCGCGUAGAGCUUUUUUUUUUUUUAAUUCAGAUAUAUGGAGGCUUUUUUUCCCUUCCCAUUUUCCCGUCAUCGCAGAUUUCAUCCUUAAACCUGAACAUUUUAGGGAGGAGUCUCGAGACUAAUAAUAAUUAUUAUUAAUAAUAAGUGUUAUUAUAAUUAUUGUCGUUAUUUCUUCCCUGAUGACUGAAACUAUGUCUUUAAGUGGGAACUGUAGGACUCAACCCGCGACCAAAGAGCCACCAUGCGCCCCGAACUGCUUUCCAGAUGUUCUGGAGCUUAAUGUGGGGGGUCAGGUGUAUUACACCCGCCACGCCACACUCCUGAGCCACCCCGGAUCCCUGCUCGGCAAAAUAUUCUCUCCAAAGAGCCCCGCGGUGCCAGACCUGGCUCGAGACCCCAAGGGUCGGUAUUUCAUCGACCGUGAUGGCUUCCUGUUCCGCUACGUGCUGGACUUCCUGCGGGACAGACAGGUGGUGUUACCUGAGCACUUCCCUGAGAAAGCUCGCCUGCGGAAAGAGGCGGAAUACUUCCAGCUGCCCGACCUGGUGAAGCUCCUAACGCCCGAGGAGGUGAAGCCCAGCCCGGACGAGUGUGCUCACAGCGACUACGAGGACGGCUCAUUGGGAGGCGACCAGCGCGCGUGCCCGCCGCCGUCCCUCGUGCCCGCCGACCGGAAGAGCGGCUUCCUCACGGUGGGCUACCGCGGCUCGUGCACGGCCGGCCGCGAGAGCCAGGCGGACGCGCGGUUCCGGCGCGUGCCGCGCAUCAUGGUGUGCGGUCGCAUCGCGCUGGCCAAGGAGGUGUUCGGAGACACGCUGAACGAGAGCCGCGACCCGGACCGCACUCCCGAGCGCUACACGUCGCGCUUCUACCUCAAAUUCAAGCAGCUCGAGCGCGCCUUCGACGUGCUCUCCGAGUGCGGCUUCCACAUGGUGGCGUGCAACUCGUCCCUCACCGCCUCCGUGCUCAGCCAGACCACCGACGACAAGAUGUGGUCCAGCUACACCGAAUACGUCUUUUACCGUGGAUCAUCUCGCUGGUCCUCGCCGCCUUGUGACUGCUGCUGCAAAGGCCACAAGGGUGAAGGCGAUGGUGAGAGCGGCACCUCCUUCAACGAGCUCUCCACCUCUAGCUCAGAGAGCCAAUCAGAAGCCAGUUCCCCUCAGGGUACGGUCAUUCGGGGUCCUGUCAGCCGACAAGCUCGCGUCCAAACGCUCGACCGACCACCCAAGAAAGAAAGGCCAGGAGGUCAGCUCCUGCAGCAGCAGCAAUCCGAGCAGCGGCGCAAGAGCGAUCUCCUCCGUACGCUUACCAGCAGCUCACGGGACACCAGCGGCAGCAAGAAACGACCCACAAAGGAGAAGAUGAGCGUGGAACAGGAGCUGGAGAAGUGCAUCCAGGACUUCCAUAAGAUCAAGAUCCCUGAGCACUUCCCAGAGCGCAAGUACAUGUGGCAGGCCGACCUUCUCCGCAAGUACCGCCUUUGAGCGAAGGGGAAAUAGUUCUUUUAGGAUAAUUAGGAAUUUGGACCAAUUUGGAAGGAGGACUCUGAAGCUAUGAGGUGUGCGGAUGCACGAAUUCUUCUCCACUGCCUCAGAUCUGCGGGUCUUCUGUGUAACUGCCAGUUUCACUCCGGAUUGCUUGAAGCUCAUGUGUAUUGUUAAAAAAGCACAAUUGUUGGAUUUUCAUUUAUUUAUUUAUUUAUUUAUUUAUUUAUUUAUGUGUUUUGGCUUGCCAGCUUGUACGCAGCACGAAUAUGUCCGUUUGUGACCUUGACAGCAUUAGAGGUCACAUUCAGAUGGUCCAGAGGUCGGUGGCGGACGUGCAUCCGUGAAUCAUAAAUAAUUCAUCCCGUCUCUAUUGUGUCCUCUCUAAAAAUAGCCAGCGUUUUGUUGCGCGCCAGAGCCAGGGUUUCAUUUCAGCACUUCGAGAAGCACAGAGGACUAAAUGUUUCCUUCUAUCUGCUUUCCUGAAACGACAUCACG